AUGAUUUGUUCUGAAAAGGCUUCCUUCACAGUCUACCAAAGUUGUUCCUCAUCCCUGAAGGCUUGUUCUGAAGGUGGCCUCAAUAUUCUCUCCAGAAUGCUGAGGAACAAUUUAGGUAACAGUUCAGGCGCAGGGAGUGAAGAUGCCUCUGCCUUUUCCAAGACUGAGCACCACAUCAUUGCCUUGCACUUGAUCAUGGCAGGUGUAAUAAGUAUUCUCAGCAAUAUAAUAGUUUUGGGCAUCUUCAUUAAGAACAAGGAACUUCAGACACCCAUGAAUACAGUGAUCGUUAACCUGACCCUGACUGAUAUAGGGGUCAGUAGCAUUGGUUAUCCCAUGUCUGCUACCUCAGACCUGCAUGGAAGUUGGGAAUUUGGAUGUGCAGGCUGCCAGAUUUAUGCUGGAUUGAACAUCUUUUUUGGAAUGGUGAGCACUGGCUUACUCACAGUUGUGGCUAUGGACCAAUACUUGACCAUCUGCUGUCCUGAUGUAGGAAGAAGAAUGACCACCAGCACUUACAUUGGCAUGAUCCUAGGGGCCUGGAUCAAUGGCCUGCUUUGGGCUUUGAUGCCCAUCAUAGGGUGGGCCGGCUAUGCCCCAGAUCCCACUGGGGCUACCUGUACAAUAAACUGGAGGAAAAACGACACACCUUUUGUGUCUUACACCAUGGCAGUUAUUGUGAUGAAUUUUGUUGUGCCCUUGACAGUGAUAUCUUACUGUUAUUUCCAUGUCAUGCGAUCCAUGUGACUUUGUGCUAGUACUGACCGCACUGCAUAUCUCAAAGACUGGGUGGAACGGGUCAAUAUAACCAAGAUGUCUGUGAUAAUGAUACCGAUGUUUCUGCUGGCAUGGUCCCCUUAUUCCAUUGUGUGCUUAUGGGCUUGUUUUGGAGACCCCCAAAAGAUUCCUCUCUCAGUGGCUAUUAUAGGUCCACUCUUUGCAAAAUCCUCUACAUUCUACAACCCCUAUAUUUAUGUGGUUGCUAAUAAAAAGUUUUGGAAGGCGAUGUUCGCCAUGUUUAAAUGUCAGACUCACCAAGAGAUCUCCGUGGCAGGCGCUCUACCAGUGGAUAUGCCUCAAAGCCUAUUGACUUGUGGAUGA